UCACCCAAUAACAGGUUACAAUGUGGAAGUCUGCGUUGACCUCCCCCCGGAUUCACCUCUAAUGCGAAGCCAUGUUUCGGUCUUUGAGAGCCGUCCCGCAGUUUAACUGCAAACUCCUGACUUUGCAGAGACUCAGCGUCAACUCCAAACUCCCCAUCUGCACGUCCAACAUGGCCGGAUCGGAGUACAGGCUGGAGCGGGACACGUUUGGUGAGCUCAAGGUCCCAGCUGACAAGUACUACGGCGCCCAGACUGUCAGAUCCACCAUGAACUUCAAGAUUGGGGGACCAAGUGAGAGAAUGCCGAUCCAAGUCAUCAAGGCCUUCGGCAUCCUGAAGAGAGCUGCCGCUGAAGUUAACAAGGACUACGGCCUCGACCCAAAGAUCGCAGAUGCAAUCGUGCAGGCUGCAGAUGAGGUAUCAGCUGGUAAACUGGACGAUCAUUUCCCUCUGGUGGUGUGGCAGACUGGAUCUGGUACUCAGAGCAACAUGAACGUCAAUGAGGUGAUCAGCAACAGAGCUAUUGAGAUCAUGGGAGGCAAACUAGGCUCCAAAGAUCCAGUCCACCCCAAUGAUCAUGUCAACAAGAGCCAGAGCUCCAAUGACACCUUCCCCACUGCCAUGCACAUUGCUGCCGCCACAGAAGUCCACCAGGUCCUGCUGCCAGGUCUGCAGACUCUGCACGACGCUCUGGCUGCCAAGUCUGAAGAGUUCAAAGACAUCAUCAAGAUCGGACGCACACACACUCAGGAUGCUGUCCCCCUCUCGCUGGGUCAGGAGUUUGGCGGUUAUGUCCAGCAGGUGAAGUACAGCAUUGAGAGAGUGAAGGCCGCCAUGCCCAGGGUGUACGAGCUGGCAGCUGGAGGCACCGCAGUAGGCACAGGACUCAACACCCGCAUUGGUUUUGCUGAGAAAGUAGCUUCCACCGUCUCCUCUCUCACAGGCCUGCCCUUUGUGACGGCUCCCAACAAGUUUGAAGCUCUGGCAGCCCACGAUGCUUUGGUAGAGCUGAGUGGAGCUCUCAACACGGUGGCUGUCAGCAUGAUGAAGAUCGCCAAUGAUAUCCGCUUCUUGGGGUCAGGACCCCGCUCUGGACUGGGAGAGCUCAUCUUACCAGAGAAUGAACCAGGGAGCAGUAUCAUGCCCGGGAAGGUGAACCCAACCCAGUGUGAGGCCAUGACCAUGGUCGCAGCCCAGGUAAUGGGAAACCACGUCGCAGUCACCAUAGGAGGCAGCAACGGACACUUUGAACUCAACGUCUUCAAGCCCAUGAUGAUCAAGAAUGUGCUGAACUCUGCUCAGCUACUGGGCCACGCGUCCGUCUCCUUCACCAACAACUGCGUGGUGGGCAUCGAGGCCAACACGGAGAGGAUCAACAAGCUCAUGAAUGAGUCUCUCAUGUUGGUCACCGCGCUCAACCCACACAUCGGUUAUGACAAAGCGGCCACCAUCGCCAAGACGGCUCACAAGAAAGGCUCCACGCUGAAGGCCGUGGCCGUGGAGCUGGGCUACCUGACCGAGGAGCAGUUUGACCAGUGGGUGAAGCCAAGUGAGAUGCUGGGGCCAAAGUGAACUCUGACAGCACAAGAAACGCUACAAAACAAAGAAAAAAUACCUUUUCUAGUGUGAGAGAAGAGUAUUUUCAAUUAAAUCAAAGCAGUCGAACUGUAUAAACAAAAUGUUUUCUGAAUCCUGAACAUCUCUUAAUAAACGUUUUGAGAAUCCUUUGCUGUCUUUUGAUGCAGCUUCCUACUCUCACCUUUACCUCUACACUUCUAUGUUCAUGGUGUUAAACAGUAAAUCAACCUACUUGAUUUGAACAGGCUCAACAAUUGUUGCACCUGUUGCUCAACAUCGACUGUUUUCAUUAUCAGUACAACUUUUUGUGGGAGUAAAAUCUGUACUUGUAUGCCAACCUGUUGCUUUUGGUAUUUAAAGUCUUAAAUACUUUUUGGUUGGUGGCUUCAGGAUAUUUCAGAUGUUCACACAGUGCCAUCCAAAAUGAUUCAACAUGCACUGCAGUACUUUGUGUGUUCUGGUUUACAGUUUGCAUCUGUGCAAUUAAACUUAAUUAAAGAGCAAA